AUGAUGCGGAGAAUUCUCUGCUGCACCGACGUCCUCCCACAAGAAACGGAAGCGAAUGCGGACGCAAAAGUGAACGAGACGAUCCGAGGCACCAAGCGAGCGCCGAUCGAACUGAUCCAAUUGCCCCCUCCCGCCAAGCUGUCUGGUGGUAAUUACAACUUCGAAUCAUGGCUUGCUAGAAACGGCUCCGGUUCCAUUGCGUCGUCCUCUCGCUCCAACGUGCGAUCUCCAGAGUUGGACUUCAUUCCGGACCCGACCUCGGUCGAAUACGUAUCGGACCCCGAGGAUGAGAUCCAGGAAGUGGUCAGUACACGCAAUUGGAGACGAAUCAGCCGAAGUCUCUCCCAAGACAGUAGCAAGGGCUCCCAAGAUCCCGACGAUGAGCGCCGUUUUUCCAUCCCCAGCGUUAAUCGCCCCUCCUCCGCCCCUCGCUCUAAGGAUCAGAAGGGUGACGAGAAGCCGCCUCCCUUUGAUCAGGCCGCCUAUUUCCAGGCCGUUAGAUCAAACAACAAGAGACGACUCCAGGCCGAAGUCGAAAGCGAAAACAGUUCUCGAUCAGUCUCCACGCGCGCAAGUAACAGAUUUCGCGAGCUUGGGACGGUUGAGGAGGAUCCGAGUGACCACCGAGAUGAGCUCCCAGGCGGACCGCGGGACCGGAUAGAGACUGCCAUGUCCACUGGAAUCUCCGCGCUCAAGGUUCCCCGCCAACCGACUCGACCUCCUACAGCUAGGCUCUCGAACCAAGGUCUAAAGGUUGAUCCAGCCGACAUCAUCUUGGGAGACCGUCGCCGCAGCAGUUGCCCUAAGAUUGAGUCCAGAUCCAAGGUGGUGGCAUCGCGGCUCGUCAUUCGUGAGCGGGGCUCCUUGCCCUUGAUGCCUCCGGCCCCAGUGCUCGUUGCUCAGCAGGACAAUAGCAAUCAGGACGACGAAUCAUUCAAGACCUGGCGUCUCUCUCAAAGCAUUCCCCAGUGCGAUAGUCAAGCUACUCUUAUAGUUCGGCCUCCAAACGUCUCGAGCACGAAUGAUCACAGCGUCGUCGUUGUCGAUACCAAAAGUGGAACCGAACCUCAAGACCAGCCCGGCACAGUAGACAACACUGGCACCACUGACACCAGGGAAAAGGCUCGCAACCAUGAGCAGCCCGAGAUCGCGGUUGUUUCCAAGCUCGUCAACGCCCCCAUCCGGCCUCUUACUGCGGACUCUGCACAGUCUCAUGACGGCAGUGGUUGGGAGACCUGGCUACUAGCCGAGAAGCUUACGUCCCAAGACCCUCCCGUAUCCGUCCGAGAAGCAUCUAAGACAAACGCCGAGAGUGCAUCUUCAAUCGCCGGUGGCGGUCCCACAGAGAUGUCUGACAACAAGCGCGACGCGGUCAACAUGACGAUGAGUCCGACGAGUUUGAGUUACCCAACCAAUCCUGGUGGCUCGAAUACGACCCUUUCCGUUGACAAAACUGACGCUUCCUCCGUGGCCUUUGGGGAUUUAUCAUCGACAUUUCGCAUGAAGGGCAAGAUCACUUCAGCCGUUGCAGACUCUGCUGCAGAAACCGUACUACAGUAUCCUUCAUCUUCGGUGUAUUCCUCGAUGCAGAAUACGCGCCCACCCUCGCCCAUGUACUCAAAAGACGCGAGUGGUUGUGGUGGGGAUAGUACCAGUUUUGUCGAGAGUCUGAUUGAUCUCAAUCUUGCCCAGUUCGAGAGUAAGAUCUCUCCCAGCCCGAGUAUCUUAAACUCAACUGACCAUCGGGCAGCGUUCAACGACCUCCAGGAACAACGGUCAGAUGAGAGCUACCGCACCGCUCCUGACCGGACUUCCGAUCCGGUUGUCCCCUCCAUCGUUCUGCCCAUCGAAAAUGCCCCUUGCAACGAGAUACCUGAUGCACCGGGAAAAUAUCGUUACAAAGUCCAGUUGACAACGAAUCUGUUUGGCGCCGAGUCUAACGAGUUGCCCUCACUGUCGGCCAGCGAUAUCCAGACGGCAACGAAGAUUGAACAGCACGAUACUGCUAAUAGCGCGCCCAGUCGCAAGUCUUCCUUCCUACAAGUCUUGCGCAUUGGCAUAGGAAGCGGCCUCAAGAGCCACGGGAAGUCGCAGAGUCAGCCUUCUGAGCUCACGCAGCUGGAAUAUUCGUCGGCAUCGCACAAGAGACCUCAGGCCAAUGGACACGCCAAGACGCUGUCGAAUCUCAGUACCGAAUCUCACGUGCAACCGAAUGUACAAGCUGCAGAGUUCAUAGCACCCAAGUUGACGGAGAGCGCAACGACAGUCUGGAAGCGAGCCAUACAAGUUGAACACGACCAGAGAGAGGCCAGAUUGAAUCCAGGCUCCAAAAAGACUACAGUCUCAGGGCACAUGAUCAGCGAUGAAGCUCAUCAUGUCACGAAUAAUGAGGUGCCCUCUUGGCGCGACAAGCUGAAAUUUCACAGUCUGGAAGCUUCGGCACAGCUUGACCAGUCAGCUACAUCUCAGCAGACAGACCAGCCGCACUCAAUCCCAAGAAAACCUUCGACCGAGUCGGCGCCCCGCAAGCUUGCCACACCCCCUAAAUCAUGGGCAAAAUGGGCAUCUCACAACCGACACGAGCGAACAGCUGCUGCUGGUCUGGCUGAUGACGUGACCGCAAAGGACUUCGCAGCCCUGUAUGCCUCGAAAGAUUCCCAGCAACAUGUCUGGGUCACUGAGCAACAUCUUGAUGCUACCGAGGCCGAAACCUGCCAGCCACACGAGCCGUUUUCCAAAAAACUCGGUAAAGCUAUGAAAAAGAGACUGGUAAAGGCCAUAUCGUCUAAGUCGGGCACGAAGAGUGAAGCCCAGCUGGAAUUUCCGGAGCUUGAAGUUUUGCCCACCAAGGACGGCUACAAGGAUCUUGAGGCAAUCCAGAAGAGCGUUGCCACGUUGAAGGCCAGCGAACGCGCGAAGAUGGCAACCAACCCGGCUCUUGCCAUAGCCGAGUUCGAGAAUCCUUCCCAACAAUCGUUGACCGAGACGCUGCCUGCGCAGUUACAAGAGGCUAAGCACGCCAGACACGAAUUUGCCGGCAAAACAGCUGUCAAUUCCGCAGACGGUGUCAUUGAGGGCGAGUUGACCCAUGUACAUGGUAUCGAAAAACCCUCAACUCGUCCCGUCACGCCGGCUAAUAUAAUCGCUCUUCCUGCCGGAGAUUCGACUGCUGCCACAGCAACGGAGAACUGGGUAACCCCAGCUAGUCGUUUGACUCGCAGCCCCGGAGGUGAUGAUAACAGCACUGCUUCUGUGGAGGAUGCUCAGCUUAACAUUAUGGUGAAGCUGGCCAUGGUGAACGGUGUUGUUACCAGAGUCGUCUCAGCGAGGUUGCCCCACCGUCGCCUCAUGAUGGCAGCGGCACAAUGGAAAAGUUAA